GCCCCUCGGAGAGCACGGAAGAGCAGAGGAUCACAAACAAUCCAAAGCAGGCGAGCCGCAGGGCUGCAGAGUGUGUCGUGAAGUCCCCAGGGGGAGAAGCGACACAUUAGGUCCGGAAGACACUUUACAGGCUCAUUAUGUUCUUCUCAGUCAAGCCCUUUGAGGGCCAGCAGUUUGCCGCUCUGAUUAAACAAUGCCAGCACAACAAGACGUUGUUUGAGGACCCGCUUUUUCCAGCAGAGGACCGUUCGCUUUUCUAUCAAGGCAACCGCAUCGGUAAAAUCACAUGGAAGAGACCCAAGGAAAUCUGUGAUGACCCACACUUGUUUGUCAAUGGUAUCAGCGCUCAUGACCUGCAACAGGGUCAACUGGGAAACUGCUGGUUUGUAGCAGCCUGUUCUAGCCUGGCUUCCAGAGAGGCCCUGUGGCAGAAAGUGAUUCCAGACUGGAAGGACCAGGAAUGGGAGAAAGACAAACCAGAGGCUUACGCUGGGAUAUUCCAUUUUCGAUUUUGGCGUUUUGGAGAAUGGCUAGACGUGGUCAUUGAUGAUCGGCUUCCCACCACCAACGGCCAUCUGGUUUACUGCCAUUCUAACGACAGCAAUGAGUUCUGGAGCGCACUGGUGGAAAAAGCCUAUGCCAAGCUUAACGGCUGCUACGAGGCUCUGGAUGGCGGAAACACAGCCGAUGCGCUGGUGGAUUUUACCGGAGGUGUCUCAGAACCCAUUGACCUGCUGGAGGGCCGCUUUAAAGAGGACGAAGAAGAACGAAACAAGCUGUUUGAUCGUGUCCUCAAAGUCCACAACAGAGGAGGUCUCAUCAGCUGCUCCAUCAGGGCGACCUCUCAGUCCGACAUGGAGGCUCGACUGGAUUGCGGUCUGGUCAAAGGUCAUGCAUAUGCAGUGACUGAUGUGCACAAGGUACGGCUGGGCCACGGUCUGCUCGCCUUCUUUAAGUCUGAGAAGCUCACCAUGAUCCGCAUGAGGAACCCGUGGGGUGAAAAAGAGUGGAACGGGGCUUGGAGUGACAGCUCAGAAGAAUGGCAGAGAGUCAGUAAGAGUGAGCGGGAGAAGCUGGGAGUAACUGUACAGGAUGAUGGUGAAUUCUGGAUGAACUUUGAGGAUUUCACUAAGCACUUCACAGACUUGAUCCUGUGCCGCCUUAUUAACACGUCAUACCUGAGCAUACAUAAGACCUGGGAAGAGGAUGUCAAGUUUGGCUCAUGGUCACGCCAUGAAGACCCUCUAAAGAACCGCAGUGGCGGCUGCAUUAACAACAAAGCUACGUACCCCCAGAACCCACAGUAUGUGUUUGAGGUGAAAAAGCCAGAGGAUGAAGUUUUAAUCUGCGUACAGCAGAAAGAUAAAAGAUCUCUUAAAGAUGGCAAAGGAGAAAACUUGGCAAUCGGGUUCGACCUUCAAAGGGUGGAGCUAAACAGGAUCUACCGCAUGCACCGGCCGCAGCAGAAAAUAUGCAGCUCUGCUUACAUCAACUCCCGCAGCGUGUUCUUGCGGAAGGAAUUGAAAGAAGGUCGUUACGUUAUCAUUCCGACAACUUUUGACCCUGGUCUACAAGGAGAUUUCCUGUUACGAGUCUUCACAGAUGUGCCUUCAGAGUGCAAGGAACUGACCCUGGAUGAGCCUCCACAGACUUGUUGGACAGGCCUGUGUGGUUAUCCACAGCUGGUUACACAGGUGCAUGUGUUGAAGGCCGCAGGACUGGAGGCCCAGGACACUGGCGGAUCAUCUGACCCAUAUGUGAUCAUCAGCUGUGGAGGGAAGAAGGUGCGUUCACCAGUGCACAAGGACACACUAAAUCCUGAAUUCGAUGUAAAGGGGCUCUUCUACAGGAAGAAUCCUAAAGAGAAGAUACUCAUUCAGAUCUACAAUAGAAACGUCCUGUCUGAUUCGUUCCUGGGUCAGGUGGCUGUGAACACCGAUGCUUCAGACAUGCAGAAGGACCACGUUCUUCAUCUGCAGGGCAAAGGCAGCCGUCAGAACAGCAACGUCCCAGGCGUGAUCAGUGUGAGCAUCAUCACCAGCAAUGUUCUCACCAAUAUCUGAGAACACCCAGGUCAGCCGGAGAGCAAGAGGUUCGGAAAGAUAAACUUUACCGCUGUGCGAUUUUUCGUGGAUGUAGUUUACACAUUGCAUACUUCACUAGAGCUUUCUAACCACUUUAGACUGUAGUGGGAUUUUACAUGUUUAAUAAUGAUGGCCUUAAUAAGUUUACAUGAUCUCUUGGACCAAAAUCUGUGUGGUGUAAUCUGUUAUCUGAUUUCCUUCUAAUGUAUGUGGGAUUCUACUAUAGGUAACACUCAGAACCACUGUUCAUCCAUGAAAAAAUUUUGUUUGAUCCUAUGUAUUCCCUCACGAGUAUGUGAAGUAGUACUUUCACUCUGUUUGUGGCCAAUUAAUCUCCCUAAGUGUUAUCAUCAUCUGUUUAACAGCCAUUAAAUGUUAAGAGUUGGACAGUAAUUAAGCACGUUUACACAAUAUAAGCACUCAGGAAGCUGCAUUGUUGAGUGGCCUAUUAAACCAAGACUUCAUAUUACAGUCAUGCAACCAUUAGUAGGGAUGUAGUGCCUCAACUAUUUUUUUUUUAUUCUUAUCUCAGGAUAGCUUUUAAACCAGUGUUCUUACUAAUGUACUUUAUAGGUGCCUUUCUUCCAUAAGAAAGUUCACCAGGAACUUUUCCACAAAUUUUUAAGCCUUUUCACUAGUGUUCAUCUGGUUGCUAAGUCUGAAUUGGAUCAACUGGUACUUUAUUUGUGGUUUAUUUGUUUGUUGGUCCAAAUCUUUAGCACAUGCAACUUUGCUGCAUUUCUCAAGCCAUGUCCUUUAGCUCAGUUCUCAUGUCUGAACUCAGUUAGCAGCUCUGCUCUGCUUCACAUCUGUAUGAAAAUGUUUUCCCAAAGCACACAGCAUAUCAGGUUGGGUGAAUUUAGAGACAAAUCGCUUUAUCAGCUCAAUGAGUGUCAUCUGGCCCUAGACCGCCUUGCUUAGAGAGCCUCGAACCAGCUGCGAGUGCACUCUUAGCUUCAUUUUCUGGGGACCACAAUGUAUUGGUGUAGAGCUUGUUGUACUGAAGGUCACUGACUGGACAAUGCAGUCUUACAUGCUAUAUUUUUUUCUUAUUCUAUGUUUAAGAAACAAGUAAUGACCAAAGCUUGUUUUAUAUUUUGUGCUGCAAAACAGCACAACUGUUUCCAUGUUUUUUUCUUUUUUAAUCUAAUUAAAAAUCUACAAUUCUGAGUAUGUAUACGAUUUAUUUGUUAUAAUUUUGGAUUGCAAGAAGGAAAGUCGACAUGCUGAUUUAGAAUCAAUGCCAUGACAUGUUUGGUGACCAAAAUGGCCACUUGGUGGCUGUACAUAACUGUUCCAUUUUACUGAGGUCUUUAGUUUACUCUUUUGUUUACUUACUCCACUGUUUACUUUGUUGUCUUUAAGAGAAUGCACUUGAUAUGCAAUUUCAUGCUUUUUUUUCACACAUCUUGAAAAUCCAUCUGCCAAAAAAAAGUACAUUCUCUUUUAACAGACGUUACGAUUUUAACACGCAUCUAAUAAGGCUGAAUUAUUAAUACCUUAUACAUGGUAAUGUGCCUUGGCUGCAUGGAAACUUUUGUGUGCAUGCUUUGAAAUGCCUGCCAAAGAUGUGCAAUAAAGUGCCAUUUUGUAUUUUGA